AUGGUUGCACCGGGGAAUGCUGUAUUCACUUUGACUUCUUGCACGGAUUUCGGUUCAUGUUGGGCAUUUUCUGCAGUGGGCGACGAAGGACAACUCUACGCAGCUACCAAAAAGCUUGUACCUCUUUCGGAACAGGAGCUUCUAGAUUGUUCGCGUACAAACGACGGGUGUGAUGGUGGUUUUAUGGAACAUACUUUUGAAGAUGUUAAAAAUCUAGAUGGUAUCGUAUCUGAGGAAUCAUAUCCUUAUAAGGCUAUGGAAGAUAAUUGUACACUCAAGAAAGGCAUGAUAGUAGCUGAAAAAGCGGUGGCCUUAAAGGGACCAAUAACAGUAGCGGUUGAAGCUACCGAUAACUUUGUGUCCUACCAGAAAGGAAUAUUCUACGAUAAGUCGUGCUCUGGAGAAGAGAAAGACACUAAUCACGGUGUUCUGUUUGUUGGAUAUGGGAAAGAUAGUUCUACAGGUGAGAACUAUUGGAUUGUCAAAAAUUCCUGGGGCGCAGGUUGGGGUGAGAAAGGAUACAUAAAAAUGGGUCGUAAUCGUAAAAAUAACUGUGGUAUUGCGUUAGAUGCAAUUUAUCCUCUUGUCACACCUAAAGGCAACUAUUCUAGCUUUGCUCAUGAAUAA